GUAGUAUCAAGAACGCUAUCCUAAAAGCGAAAGCUGCAGCUUGCAACAUGCUGUCAUGCUGUGCCAUUGAGAUGAAAGAAAAUUUUUAUCAAUGGAUCAGUCAGGUUGUUGAAACUUUGGUUCCGCUUCUCAAAUUUAGUGGCAAUGACAAAGUUAGGAUGGCUGCCAUUUCCGCAAUGCCGGACCUUCUGCAUUCAGCUGUUCUAGCAAAAGAUAAAGGACCAUAUGAUGGAUCUGAUAGCUCUUCUAUACAGAAAUUUGUUGAUGAUGCUAUCCCAUCUUUGGUGCAAGUUUUAGAUAAGGAACCUGAGCAAGAAAAUUCUGCAAGAACAAUAUCCAUACUGAAGCGCUGCAUAGAGAUUCCUGGAAUGCAUGUAAAGAGUUUCCAAGUGAAAUUGAUUGUGGACGAGGUAAAGAAGAUACUAGAAUCUAUUUCAAAAAGAAAUUCGGAAAUUGUGAAUAGAGUCAAGUCUGAUGAUUUUAAUAUCGAGGAUGACAAAUUUCUUAAAAGGCAAAAGGAGCAAAAUGUGGAAAUUGUUAAUCAGAUUGGUGGUUGCUUGGAAUCAUUGAUUGGAAAGUUGAAGAUUGAUUUCUUACCUUUCUUUGAUGAGCUUUUGCCAUAUAUGAUAGUCAUGUUGGCCAACGACAAGCCAACUAAAGAGAAACAAACUUCCUUCCACAUUUUUAAUAGUGUAAUGCAGCACUGUCAAGAAGUUGCUAUCAAGUAUUAUAACACGUAUCUUCCAUUCCUUCUGAAAGCAUGUGAGGGUGAAAACCCAAUUGUUCUGCAGGAAGCUGCACUUGGAAUUGGCAUAUGUGCCGAGUUUGGUGGAUCUGACUUCAAACCUUACAUUGGAGUGGUUCUUUCCUGCUUAAAUGCCAUGCUCGAGUGCCCUUAUGAAUUAGGGUCAGAUGGUGCUAAAGCAUAUGAUAAGGCUGUAUCAGCUCUUGGGAAAAUAUGUGAGUUCCACAGUCGCAGUAUCAAUGCAGAGCAGGUUCUUUCUACCUGGUUAAGCCACUUGCCAAUAAGAAAUGAUUUGAUUGAGGCUAAGUUGGUGCACGAAAAGCUGUGUGAAAUGGUUGAAAAGCAGGACACAGAACUCCGGUGCCCAAAAAACCUUCCCAAAGUUAUUUCAGUAUUUGCAGAGGUGAUAUCUCAGCAUGAGAAGCUAGCAUCGGAGGAAACUUGUGAGAAGAUGAUGAAUUUUUUGAGAAAGAUUAAACUGGAUCCACCUUCUGACCUGGAAGAAGUCAUUUCAUCAUUGCAUCCCCAGCAGCAGGAUUUAUUGAAAACUAUAUUCUGACAAGAUGGUGGUUUGCAUUUUCUACCAAGUAUUCUUACCAAUUGUGUUCUACUUUCUGUAUUGCCGAGUGUGUGUCUUUGCAUUCAACGAAAUAACAAUUUUGAUGUGAGAGCUUUCUGGGA